AUGACUAGCAACCGUCACGUCCAUUUCGAGCUGCCCACGAACGGUGAUACACCCUCCAACUCGCCGAUUUCCAACACCGGCAACCAACCUUCAAGGUUCAACUUUGGGUUUGAGAAUUUGCACAGCCAUCUUACGGCAGACUUGGCGCGUACAAGGCGUACCAUACCCCAAACCUUUAAUUUUGGGUUUCCGGUGCAAAAGCAAGUUACAGCGGAGGCCCUUGUGCCGGACCCGGCGUGUCAAACAGCUCUGAUGACACCACAACCUCAAAAAUUUAACUUUGGGUUUACAGCAACCAAGCAAGGCCCAGCGGCAGUUGACUCAGAGCCCACACCAUCUUCCCCAGCUCCCACAACAUUCAAUUUUGGCUGGACUCGGUCCAUUGCCACAGAGAAGCCGCCAGUUCAGGCAUCUCAACCAUUCAACUUUGGAAUGAAUGUGGAGAGUGAGAUUCUCCCCUCACUGCCCUCGCCACAGGAUGUCCGGCACACCCGCCGUAGCUGUUCCAACACUCCUGACAAUGGAGUGCCAGCGUCGGUGAUCCCUCUCAAGAGACCCAUGUCUCCGCCGCUGCCCUCAACUCCUCCUCAGGCACCGGCGGCCAAACAUACAGCCAAGUUCAACUUCGGCUGGAAACAGCCACCUUCAACAACAGCGGCUGUUGCUACCCAUGUUGGGUUUGACCAGAAUAAUAAACCAUUCCAGUUCAGUUGUAAGGUCCCUCCAGCAAAGGUAGGGAAAUGGACACUGGCGCCUAUUACAGCCGCCGUGCCACAAGCAGCACUGGUGCCGAUGGCAAUACUGGCACCUAACAUAGCCGCUGUGCCAGAGGCAGCACCGGCUCCCGAGUCAGACCCUUACACGCCAAAGGCCUUGCCGAACUGGGAGGGUGGUUUCCCCACUGCCAAACGACGAAAACUCGAUCCCGCCAAUCAAGUGACCCGCCAAGACACCAUCGGACGCCUUAUUGGCGACGCUGAGAAGGCUGCCAUUGACAUUGUGAAAUGGCUCAAUGGGGAUGAAUUUGAUCGACUCGCCCAAACAAUGCUGGGUAGCCUCAUUAGGCCCGGCGAUGAUGUCCGAGAUCCCAUGCCGGAAGAUGUCUUGGACAGCAACUGCGCUGUAUUAUCGGUGUUCUGUGAGUCCAGAGAUUGGUUGACUAGGAUCUUCAAGGAUCUUAUCACCCUUCAUCAUGCAUCUGAGCACCACAUACGCCAGAUUUCGUUCAUGGACUCUCUUGCAAAUGAGGUUGAGACAGCAGAGAGGACCGCCGGUACCCUUGAAGCUUCCGGCGCAGUGGUUUUACUCCUGGUUCGCUUUGCCGGCGUGUCACUCACGGCGUGA